CAAAUUUAAUCAUUUCAACACCAAAAAAGCUAAGAUAUAUUUUUGUUCUUCAUAUCAACACCAACAAAAAAGUACAAAAAUGGAGAAGGAAAAACCAAGCAAGCCAAAGAAAAACAUGAUUUUGAAAUUUUUACCAAAAGCAGCAGCAGCAACCGUUAUAUUCCAAAACCACCCUUUUAGUCCAGGUAGAGAUAAAAGAUUACAUCAUAAUCACAAAGGAUUUUCUGGUCCAAUUAUAUCUAUAAUUCCAGCUGAAGCGAGAAUUAGAAAAUCGAAUAGCGAAACAAAGGAAGAAGAACCAACAUCACCAAAAGUUUCGUGCAUUGGUCAGAUCAAACAGAGGAAGAAACUCAAUAAACCCAGGAAAACGGAACGCCCAAAAUCACUCGAAAAAAAAUCAUCCAAUUUUAAAAAUAUCUUUCAAAGACGGAGAAAAACCGAUGUUGAUAAAAAUGAAACAAAUAUGAGAUGCGAGGUACAAAACAGAGCACCACCCUGUUUGAGUCAAAUGAGGAAAUAUGCUAGUGGUCGUGAAGGUAAUUUAUCGAAUUUCGAUUGGAAAAACGUGCAGAUUACACCUGAUGAUCAUCGGAAAUAUUACUCCGAUGAUGAUAGAGAUGAUUAUCAUGAAGCUGAAGAUGAAGAUGAGGUAAUAAUUCCAUUUUCAGCUCCAAUUUUAAUAGGAAGAGAUAAUAGACCAAAUUUUACUUUGGAGCCAAAAAAGGAAAUUAAUUUAUGGAAAAGAAGAACUAUGACUAAACCAAAUCCUCUUCAAUUGAAGAAAUAAGUUUUGUUUAGUUGAUUUAAGCUUAGAAUUAGUUUACAAAUCAUCAUGUUGUAAACUAUGAUGCAAGUGUAACAAUAUUUUCAAAGAAUUCAACUAUUCAAGUAAUAUAGUUUAGUUUAACAUGUUUUAUUUUUAUGAAAUCCUGUAUAUAUUUUUAUGUUACGAUUAAAGCUUGUUCAUCUCA